GCCAUGCCAAUAUUCACGAUAUAUCACAGGUUCUUUGACAUAUCGCUUUAUUAUAUUGCAUCCAAGUACCUGCAUGUGGUUUGACUAAACUUUAUUAGAUUGAAACAAUAAUACCAACACUUAUUUUUUAUGGGUUACCCGUAUUGCAGGUGCCAUGUCUUCCCUGAGGCUUGCGCUUGUGGGAAAGACGGGAGCUGGGAAAAGCUCGGCUGGAAACACCAUCCUCGGCAAAGAAGAAUUUAAAGCAGGCUUUAGCUUCAAUGCUGUAACUACUGAAUGUCAGAGAGGAGAGGGGGAAGUGGAGGGUAGGACAGUCACAGUGGUCGACACACCAGGUGUGACUGACUUGCAUGUUUCUAUGGAGGAUGCAAAAGACAGGGUAGCAGAAUGUUUCCCAAUGAGCGCCCCAGGACCACAUGCAUUCCUGCUGGUGAUAAAAUUGGGCAGGUUCACACCAGAGGAGAAACGAGCAGUAGAGGUGAUUAGAGAAGUGUUUGGUGAGGCUGCUUUAAAGCAUAUGAUGGUCCUGUUUACCCAUGCUGAUCAACUGGAAGACCCUGAUGAUCCCGAGACAUCAGUAAGGGAUAGUGAGGAGCUCACAUGUCUUCUUGAUCAAGUGAAUUGGAGGUAUCAUGUUUUUAAUAAUAAAGAGAAUGAUCGUACUCAAGUGAUUCAACUCCUGAAAAAGAUUGAUCAAAUGGUGGGUGAGAGAGGACGGCACUACACCAGUGAGCUGUUCCAGAAGGCAGAACAGAAGAGAAAAGAGGAACAGGAGAAGGAGCCCCUGAAGAAAGAAAUGGAAGAACUCAAACAAGGUUGAGUAUUUUAUAACUAACAGUUUACAGAGUGCAUGAUUGGUACAUACUUGUAAUUGACAUGUAAUGGAAAAAUGCAUAAAAAUGUACAGGUCACAAACUACAUUUUUACUCUCACAUAUGCAUAUUCCCAGAUAAUUUUUGUUGAAAGGCCAAAAAAAUAUACAAUAUAGUUUGCUGAUAUUAUUUUGUCUUAUACUCAUGUAUUUCACAUAUAUAACACUGUAAAACCUGCCUAAGUAGGUGUAGAAAAAGAAAUGUGGUGCCCCCUUAUUAUACCAGCAGUUUAAAACAAAGGGCUUAAGAGUGGGUGGAAAAAGAGUGGGGGGGAAAUUAAAAAAUUAAACAUUUGCUUUUUUGAUCAUUUACUCUUUGUGCCACUUGAUUAUCCAAUUAUUCAUUUUGUAAACAGUACAAAAUGACAAUAGCAGUACCAUCUGUUGGAAGAAUGUUGUUUUUCAGAAACAUAUUUUAACAUGAAGAUAGAGAAAACAAUUGGCCUAAACAAAGAUAUGUGAAAACCAGGUCCAUUUUAAACACUGAACAGCAAUCAAGAUUAGAUUUAGGUUAGAUUCCUUAUUGUCCUUCAAGAUUAAAUUUGUUACGACAAUCCAUACAUUGCAUAUGCCUCAAUACACCACAAUAUAUACAUUAAUAAAUACCAGUAUACAUCUACAAAAAACAUUAACAUACUGUAACAUGACACAAAACAUGACAUGAACAAAAUAUUCCAUUCAUUGACAAAAUGUCAGAGGGGAAAUCUGGCUGGGAUCAAGUUGUGUUCAAGGUCUCUUUUGCUCAUUUUUAUAAGCACUACACAAAGUACUGUAAGUGCUUAUAAAGCUUGAUCCCAACCAAAUGUUUAUCAUCCAAAA